AUGGAGGUUUUCGUACACAAUCUCCCGGCCGAGCUCAGCAAAGAUGCGUUCCAGCACCUGCUUGAGCCCUUUAUGCGGUCCCUCGCUAUCGCCAACUACGACUGUGAGAAGCCGAGGAGGAAACGAUUCGGACGCAUCCUCUUCCUUAUUUCUUCUGACGGCGAACGGUUUCUGGCACGACAUGGGGAAGAGCUCCGAGACGGUGACUCGCGACCGAUCUCGAAGCUGUGCAUCCUCGGAUCCCAUGUGUUCUGCAAACCGAGUAAUCGGAAACCCGACCAGAUCGACCUUCGAGCUCUGGCCAACGAGGUCGAAGAGCGGAUCAAUCCCUCGCGAGUGAUUGAGGAAGAAGGAGCGUCCGUGUCAUUCACUUUGAGAAAGUCUAGCUGUGGGUACACUACCUUCUCCGGCAACGAUUUCGCCUACCUCCCCGAGGUCCUUUGGCAGGAACACGGCACCGUCAUCUUCAAAAAGCGCAACAUGAUUGUCCAAUUCGCUCCCUCUCGGCGCCGCAUAAGAAUUCCUUUGAAUACCAUCCACGAGCUUGUGUGGACUUACGCUGGGUCAGUUUUACUCACUUUGACUACUGUCCCAUUGUUCUUCGAAUCGGACGGAGCCUCGCACGUCCGCCUCCUCUCGCUAGGAGACUCCCACAGUGCAAUUGUCGGCCAAUGCCUUGUUUACGAGUUCGAAGUGAUCCCUGUGGACUUGAAGAGAAAGUUGGGUGGGCUGGCAGAUCGGGUGACCGUUGUUCCUUACGAUCGCAACUGGACUGCUGCUGGCUACGCUCACAAGGAGCUCCACGCUCACGAGGAGUUCUACGCUUACGGAAGCUGGCGAUCGCAGCUGCAGAUCCUCAAAGCGGAGUUGACCCGCUUUACGAAGAAUGCAUUACUCCCGUUUGGGGUAUUGUUCUUACUACAGGGGCUGGUUUACAAUGCAUACCUUCCUCCAUUCACUGUCCUCAACCUAGCAAACAGACUGGUGGGGAUCUUUAGGACGAGGAAGGCUCAAGGAAAACGAGCCAUCUCAAUAAGCUCUUUCAAAAGGCUGUACGCCAUUCUCGGCUGGCCCUCGCCCCACGCGGAUCCCGCUGAAUUUACCACGCAAGGCUUGAUCGACAUCAUUACGGGCAGUGACCAGGAGCUUUACGACGGGAUGAUCCAGGCAGAAGGCUUCCGACCAGCUCGGAACUUUGCGUACGUCUACAGAGUGCAGGUAACGCCUUCUCGCAUAACCCUGCAUGGUCCGGAAGUAGAGGCUCUGAACCGAAUUCUCCGACGCUUUCCCAACCAUCACGAGUAUUUCAUCCGCGUGCAGUUCUGCGAAGAGGAUGGGCAAGAUGUCCACUUUAAUCCCAAGAUUAACAACGACCGCGUGUUUGAAAAGUUCAGGGAUGUGUUCCAGUAUGGCUUCCACAUUGCCGGUCGCACUUACACUUUCUUGGGGUUCUCUCACUCUUCCCUGAGGUCCCAUUCCGCCUGGUUCUCUGCACCAUUCGUGGACGAUGAUCUCAAGCUCCAAACCUAUUUCACCAUAAUCAAAGCAAUCGGAAUAUUCUCGAAUAUAACCUCACCCGCUAGAUGCGCGGCUCGCAUUGGACAGGCCUUUUCCGACACGCCCUUCGCAAUCAAUCUGAAAGAGAAUAAGAUCAGCGUGUGGAAAAUACCAGAUGUGGAAGCCAACGGGCGAGUCUACAGCGACGGCGUCGGAACCAUCUCCCAGGAUGCGGUCGACGCCAUUCACACGGUAUUGCCAAUGCGAAAGGGGCGGCCUACAUGCUUUCAGAUACGCUUAGGUGGUGCGAAAGGCAUGUUAUCUUUGGAUCCUAGCCUCCAGGGCUCGAAGAUUUACAUUAGACCAUCAAUGAUCAAGUUCCAGGCAGAGGAGACGACGGACGUUGAAAUCUGCGACUCCGGAUCGAAGCCCAUCCCGCUUGUUCUGAAUCGCCAAGUGAUUAAGAUAAUGGAGGACAUGGGUGUGAACGAAGAGUGGUUUUUUAGGCUUCAAGGGCUGCGCAUCGAGCAGCUUCGAAAGGCAACCGCCACUACCAAGAAUACAGCGAACUUUAUCAGAGGCCAAGGCGUUGCUGACUGCGUUAGGUUAUAUCGACUGUUUCUGUUGUUUAACAACCUGAAGCUUGACUUUAAGGACGUCCCCUUCCUCCGGGCUGUUGUUGAGGCCUUGGUCCUUCGCGAACUACGGCUCUUGAAGCAUAAGGCACGCAUUCCGGUCGACAAGGGAAUCACACUGUUUGGUAUUAUGGAUGAGACUGGCUUUUUACAAGAGAACGAAGUGUUCGUUACGUACGACACCAUGGGCGGCAGAUUUGCAGCUCGACCUGGUCACUGUCGACUUCUCGUUACUCGAUCCCCGGCUUUGCACGACGGUGAUAUCCAAUACGCGUACCAUGUCCCGCCUCCGGAACGCCACCCUCUGUGGCAUCACAAAAAUUGCAUCAUCUUCAGUAAAAAGGGCGCUCGAGAUCUUCCAAGCCAACUCAGCGGCGGCGACCUGGACGGCGACUUGUACAACAUCAUCUGGGACCCUGCAGCCACCCCGAAGCAGGUCUUUGCGCCUGCGGACUACCCCCGCACUCCGCCGCUCGACAUAAAGCGUGUGGUCGAGAGAAAGGACAUGGCCGACUUUUUCGUUGACUUUAUGCAGACCGACAAACUUGGGGUUAUCGCGACAAAACACAUGAUCCUGGCCGAUCAGAUGGAACUCGGAACCUCGCACUCAGACUGCCGGAAGCUUGCGCAGCUGCACUCGACAGCAGUUGACUUCUCGAAAACUGGCGUCCCGGUCAGGCUGGAAGAAAUGCCGUUUGUCAAUCGGAACAGGCCAGAUUUCCUCGCCCCGGGUCCCUUGGCCCAGAUCCACGAUAAACUAGACGUCCAGCUCGAAGCCCGCUAUGUGCACCCCUAUCCAGAUGACGAUAUUGACUCCGCCCCAGUGCACAAGUAUUACCGGUCUGAGAAAAUACUUGGCAAGCUUUACCGAGCCAUUGAUGAACAUGAGAUCUGGAAAAAAGACAUUCAUACGACAAAGAAGCCGAACCCGAUUGCUGUAUGGAAGAAAUUUGUUAACUCGCUAACAACGCGAUGUAUUGCACUUGGCGCUUCCGUAAACUGGAAAGACCACGUAGAGACCGCCCGACAACUUCGCUCAGCAUACGAAGGCGCCAUAUACACCGCGAUGGAGAAUUUCUCCGAGCAUCCCAUCCAUCCCAUUACCGAGCUCGAAGUCUUCGUCGGCCAGAUCCUCAACAACAGCGGCGUGCAAACCCAUCGCCAACGCGAACGGUCCAUCAAACUGAAAGAUGAAUUCGAGCGAACCACGUCCUGGAUCUUAGCCCAGAUACGUCCUCGCGGCCCGAUUACCGGAUACGCAGGUCAGUACGAUUCGCUGGAACGCUGCCUUGCUUGUUUCCAUGUUGCGUCCGAGAACCGACGGAGUCAGAGUAAGAAAGACCGAGGAUGGAAUGAUCUCCAGAGCUUCCAGGUUGUAGCUGCUUGCGCUUUGUUGAUGGAGGUUGAAGAGUUGGAGAAGAAUGCGCGGGUUUAUGGGGAGAAUGUGCGAAUGUCGCCUGCACGCGCAUCUCCAUUUUCUGAGGGAGACGAUCAAAGCGACAGCGACCGUGACUAUGACCGUGCUACGAGAUACACUCCUCUUGACUCUGCUGAGGGCUGGACACUCGCUGAUAUUCAGAUCAUGCUGCGUCAGCUUCGGAUCAACUCCAUUUGA